UCAUCUGCUGUUCGUGAUCAUUACUCUCAUACAAGUGAUGCCAUACACACACGGUUUUCUUCGCGUCUUAAUGUUAAACGCGCGCGCGCUUUUUGUUUCGUUUUAAUAAAAGUAUUAAAUUAAUAAUAACACAAUAAUAAUAUUAAACAGAAAUAAACCAUUACAAAAAAAGGUGAAAAAAUUCAAUCAAUUGUUUAAAUUGUUUACUUUACUUAGCAAAAAAAAAAUCAUUAAAUAAAGAAGAAUAAAAUAUCCGAUAAAAACUAAACCAGCCAUACAAUUUUUAAAUAUUUUUUUUAUAAAUAAAUACCACAAUUAAUUUCAAGUGCAUUUCAAUUAACACCUUUUAAAAAACGAAAUGGAAAAAUAAGAAAUUUUUUCUUAAAUCUGUCGGUUUUUUUUUAUAAAUUUUAUUUUAAGUGUUUGUGUGCUUUUGUACUUAAAGUUCAAAAUAUAAACACAAAAGUGGCUAAAAAUAACAACAAAUAUUUUAAUUAACACAAAUUUUAAAUUAAAAAUAAACAUAAACAAAUAUAAAUUUAUCAGAAGAUACAAAAUCAAUUUGGAAAAUUUUUGACUUGGAAACAUUGUUCGUUAAACAAAUUUUAAAGUAUUAAAGAAAGUUGCAUUCUCCACAAAACAACCGGGAAGCUUUAAUUUCUGUUUGGUGGCACCACACAAUAAAACCUACAUAACAACUACCCCCAGCAAGGAGAAAUUCGCCAACGGUCACACGCACAGGAAGCACGAUAUACUACAGGAGAUUGCCGUUGAUGAAACAGAUUUAACCGCUGCAGAAAAUAAUUGCAAAGCCAUCUAUAGAACCUUUCAGGAGGCAGAUCAGUGUAACGAUUUAAACAAUCUUCACAAUACAGGAAAAAAUAUUAGCCUAAAGUCAUCACAAUCUACAGAUGAUUUGAAGGUGAUACAACAGCAACCUAAAAAUAUACAAAAUCAAGAAGUUAAUAAUCCCAAACCAAAAGGUUUAACAGCGCCACCACGUUUAGAGGGCAACGUAAGAGGAUCAUUAAAUGAUCUACUAUUGACAUCCCGACGUACCGAGUGUUUAACAGCUAAUUUAGAUAAAACAACUACAGUAACUCGUAGGAGCCCAGCGCCUACUGAGAAAAGCAUCACACAAAACAACAGUUUCAAAUCGGAAACAUCUUUAGAAACCGACAUCGAAAGCGUUAUCACUAACAGCAGUCGUACCUCUACCAAUAUGACUACACCAGCUACAGUUAAUAGUACCACAGGUGCACCCACCGCCAGUGAGAAACAACCUUGGCCCAAUUCCAAAGAUGAUUAUGAAUUGCGCGAUGUUAUUGGCGUGGGUGCCACUGCCGUGGUACAUGCGGCUCUUUGUUUGCCUCGCAAUGAAAAAUGCGCCAUCAAACGCAUUAAUCUAGAAAAGUGGAACACCUCUAUGGAUGAAUUGCUUAAGGAGAUACAGGCUAUGUCUUCGUGUAAUCACGAAAAUGUUGUAACAUACCACACCUCAUUUGUGGUACGGGAAGAACUGUGGCUUGUAUUGCGCCUGCUCGAGGGCGGUUCUUUGCUCGAUAUCAUCAAGCAUAAAAUGCGCACCACCCAGUGCAAACAUGGUGUCUUUGACGAAGCCACCAUUGCCACCGUGCUUAAAGAGGUGUUGAAGGGUCUCGAAUAUUUCCACUCGAAUGGACAAAUACAUCGUGACAUCAAGGCCGGUAAUAUACUAAUUGGUGACGAUGGCACCAUACAAAUUGCGGAUUUCGGUGUAAGCGCUUGGUUAGCCACCGGACGAGACUUGUCGCGACAAAAGGUGCGUCACACCUUUGUGGGCACACCCUGUUGGAUGGCACCCGAAGUGAUGGAACAAGAUCAUGGCUAUGACUUUAAGGCAGAUAUCUGGUCGUUUGGCAUAACUGCCAUUGAAAUGGCCACCGGCACGGCUCCCUACCACAAAUAUCCACCCAUGAAGGUAUUAAUGUUAACUCUACAAAACGAUCCACCCACCUUGGAUACCGGAGCUGAUGAAAAGGAUCAGUACAAAGCUUAUGGCAAAACAUUCCGUAAAAUGAUUGUGGAAUGUCUGCAGAAGGAGCCCUCAAAACGACCUACGGCCAGUGAAUUGCUUAAACAUGCCUUCUUCAAAAAGGCCAAAGAUCGCAAGUAUCUUACCCAAACCCUAUUGGCCUCGGGUCCCUCCAUGGAGACUCGUGUCCACAAGGCUGCCAAGAGGCAACCAGGUGCAUCAGGUCGUCUACAUCGUACUGUCACCGGUGAAUGGGUGUGGUCCAGCGAAGAGGAAGACAAUGGUGGCAAACAUCAUUCCUCCGAUUCGGAAUCGGACGAUAGGCCCAUUAAUCGUCUGGAAAGAGCUGAUUCUUCGGACAGUGAUCGAGAGGAGCAAUCGGAAUUUUCGGAAGCAGCCACUGCCACAGCUAAUGCUAUGCCAACACAGCAGCAACAACAACAGCAACCACAACAAGCAACGCCACAACAACCUGCCGCCGUAACAUCAACACAAGCUGGCGAAAUAUCGCAACCUUUAGCGGAUGGCGCUGAAGCUCCACCCGUCAAUCUCGUCUUACGCAUGCGCAAUCAAAGACGUGAGCUGCACGAUAUACGCUUUGAAUUUGCCGUUGGCAAGGAUUCAGCCGAAGGAAUUGCCGCCGAACUGGUGGAUGCUGGUCUCGUCGAUCCCCUGGACACGCAGCCCAUGGCCAUCAACUUGCAUCAGUUAAUUGAACAAAGAGCUGCUUUAAAAACUGUUACGUUCCAAUUGAAUUCUGGGGUACAACCGGGUGAAGUACCCGAUGAUCGCUCGCUGGUCGGGUAUGCUCAAAUAUCAAUAACAGAUUAGAUAUAUAAACAUUACAUAUAUUUAUAAACAUUAUAGUAGUUCGUAGUAGUAUGUACAACAAUAAUAAGUUAUAUAGCAGAAAAGAAACAAAAUAAUAAAAACAAAAAACAUACAUAAAUAAUAUGAUAUGAUCAUGUUAAAGAUAAUGAUAAUGAUGAUGAUGAUACUGAAUGAUGAGAAGAAUGAUAAAUGAUAAAUUAUUAUUUAAUAGUAUAACAAAAAUAAAAACAAACAAAACUCUUAAACAAAAGUCUAGAAAAUAAUAAUAAAAGAAAGAGAAAAAAACUUAAAACAAAACUUAAUAAAGAAAUUUCUUUUUAUUGUUUUCUUUCUGGUAAUUUAUUUAUUUAUUCUUCUUUUUAUUAUAUUUUAAUCAAAGGGAAGGAUACAUCUAAACACUAAAUUAGUUUUUUUUAAUUUAUUUUUAUUUUAAAUAUACAUACAUAAUGUUUCAAUGCACUACCAGUUAAUUUUAUAGUUAAAAAAUAAUUAGAAAUUUUAAGAAAAUUUUUGUUUCAACGUAUAACGUUAUGUUCGCGGUGCAGCUGCAUUUGGGAGUUUUUAAAAAUCUCCAGUAGGUCUUUGUAAAAAUGAAUUUGACACCAAACCGUAAAUAUAUUCUUCAUUUCCAAAAUGAAAUUAGUUUAGCACACAGAUAUACAUAUUUAAAGAAAGAAACAUCAAUAUACAAAAAUAGGGUUCGCAGAACCAUAAACUAGUGAUCAGAAAUUAAACCUAAAUAAUAAAAAGUUUUAUUAAAUAUUUAAGAAAAUAAAUUCUAAAGUUACAAAUAGUAACUGUCAAAAACUUUCAUAAGAAAUUAAUUAUAUAAAUUAUUAAUAUACGAAAAAAUAUUAAAUGUCAACUUCACAACAAAUGACUUAAUAAAUUUUAAAUUUCAAAAGGGAAAAGCUAGCAGCUGCUGUUAUUAAGAACAAAAA